AUGGGUAUGUAUGCGAUUUCUCUGGCGGAUGAUCUGUUUCUUUUUCAAUUCCCGCAUCUGAGGGAUCUUCAUCGGGUAAUUGAGGAUGGACCUUGGUCCUUUGAGAACCACCUGCUGAUUUGUGAACAAGUUCCGCCCAACGUUCGUCCAGAGGAGGUGGAAUUGGAAUCCAUCCCUUUUUGGAUUCAGAUUCAUGGACUACCGGCAAUGUAUGCAUCUCCUGAGUUUAUUUCGCAGAUCGGCAACUAUAUAGGGGAAUUCAUCACUCUGGAUCCGUUCAAUUUUGGAGGGGCAUGGCGAAGUUUUUAUAGAAUUCGAGUGAGGCUAAGUGUUUCUGCUCCAAUCAAGCAGCGCAUGAAGCUGGUUAGGCGAGAUGGGACGACGCAAUGGCUUACGUUCAAAUACGAGAGGUUGAGUACGUUCUGUUAUUGUUGCGGCAUCCUGGGACAUUCAGACAAGUUUUGCAAAACGGCAUACGAACAGGGUCGUCCGGUGUGGAGGUUGACAGGUUUUUACGGAGAUCCGUACAGAGGUUGUCGUAGAGUGACAUGGGAUCUGUUGAGGCAGCUUAAGGAGAACAUUCAGCUCCCUUGGGUAGUAGCAGGAGAUUUUAACGAUAUAACUUGUCUUGCGGAGAAGCGGGGUUCACAUUCUCAUCCAAUGGCACUCAUGGAAGAUUUUAAUGAUGCUUUGGGCUAUUGCAAAUUAAAUGAUCUGGGAAUGACGGGAGGGCGUUUCACAUGGGUUAAGGGUCGGGGGACUGUGGCUUGGGUGGAGGAACGGUUGGAUAGGGCAGUGGCGACAACCGAUUGGCUAGAACUACAUGACGGGGCUAGGGUCGAGAACAUCUAUUCCAAUUGUUCCGAUCACUGUGCGUUACUGGUGGAUAUUCAUACCGAUCCGGUACGGUCAGCGUUGCGGGCGUUCAGAUUUGAGAACGCCUGGCUUUUGGAGGCAGGACCGAGUGGCGAUGUGUGGCCAGUGGUUGAGGAAUUGGGGGGGGGGGGCGAUUACUACCGUACCUUUGGCGCAAGAACCAAAGCUCUACGGCUCACUCUGAAUGAUUUGAAAGAGAAUAGGUCACCGCAAGUUGUAGCCAGAUUCUUGGCAGCUGAGAAGGAAUUGGGAGAUGUCCAAAAAGCGGAGGAGAUUUUUUGGAAGCAGCGUUCUAAGCAAUUAUGGCUUAAACAAGGUGACGCAAAUACCAAAUACUUCCAUAAGACAGCCUCGGCGCGGCGAAAGCAAAAUUACCUAACCCGUGUAAAGGAUCAGAAUGGCGAUUGGACUGAGGGACCGGCAAUGAAAGCGGAAAUCAUAAGGUAUUUUGAAUUCAUUUUUGGUUCUGAAGUCUGCAGUGUUAGUCUGUUUGAUCGGGUUCGGGAACGACUGACUACGGAGAUGAAAAUCUCUUUGUCACAACCGUUCACGAUGUCGGAUGUUAAAACUGCGUUGUUUGAUAUGAAGCCAGAAAAGGCCCCGGGGCCGGAUGGUAUGUCACCGGCCUUCUUUCAACAUUUUUGGCCGCUUUUGGGGCACGACUUAUCUGUUUUUGUCAUUAAAUGUGUGGAACAAAAGCAGUUACCACCGGGGUUAAAUAAUUCCAAUAUUGUUUUACUCCCCAAGAAACCGGUCCCAGAAAAAGUAACGGACCUACGCCUGAUAGCUCUUUGUAACGUAGGUUACAGGGUUCUAGCCAAAAUGCUUGCCAAUAGAUUAAAGGGAUGCCUAGCUCAGAAGCUGGGUGGAGCUGUUAAUGGUCUGUGUCACGUCCGUGAAAUAUUCUAUAAUGGUGAACGGGGAGAUCCCGGGGCAGGCAGAGGCACGUGGGGACAUCCAUGCUCGGCCUCAGGACAAUUAAUAAAUUUUGAGAAGUCCAGUGCAGUGUACAGCCAUAAUACUAGUCCGCCGGUUCGGGCUUUGGUGUCCGAAAUCAUAGGGGUUCCCGAGGCGACAGAUUUGGGGCGUUACUUGGGCCUUCCAUCGGUUGUGGACGUAACAAAACAGCUGUAUUUUGUUGUGUCGAAGAGAAUAUACGGGCAAGGAUGGGCACAUGGCAAAACAAGCUUCUAUCUCGAGCAGAUGUUUAACCGGUACUGGUGGAGCGGUGGGGGUACAGGUAAUCGAGGCAUACACUGGUUGAGCUGGGACAGGAUGUGUGCUCCUAAAUCGAAAGGUGGACUGGGUUUCAGAAAGCUCCAUGAAUUUAAUAUUGCGUUACUGGCCAAGCAAGGGUGGCGAUUAUUAAUCUAUCCCGAUUCGCUUGCUUAA